AUGUCGCAUAUUUUUUGCUUGACAUCAUCUCCAACUUGGCUCCAUUUCUCUACAUCCAAAGGAGCAUUUUGUCUUGUAACGAUACCCACUUCAGAUGCAAAUAGAUCAGCAUGGAUGCCAUUAGGAGCUAAGUUCUCCAAAGAGAUCGGCAAUUCCAAUUUCUCAUUUGUCUUUGUUUUGAUAACCCUAUUUGUUGCAAUCCCACGCGAAGGUCCCCUUUUACCAAUACGCCUAUCAACAGGGGCAGUGGGUGGUGCUGAAGUAGUGUCUGCCGGGGCUGGGACAGAUGCUGCUGGGGCUGGGGCAGGGGCUGCAUGGGCUGCCAGGGCUGGGGCAGGGUCUGCCGGGGCUGCAGGGGCUGCCGGGGCUGGGACAGAUGCUGCAGGGGCUGCAGGAGCUGGGAUAGGUGCUGCAGGGGCUGCCGGGGCUGGGGCGGGGGCAGGGGCACGCGCUGCAGGGGCCGUGGCAGGUGCUCGUGGUGUAUAA